AGGACGUGCUGGGCACGGCCACGCGCUCCUACACCUGGAGGAAAUCCCUGGGUCACAACAGAAAGACACAUGAAAAGCCAUCCUUGACGUCUUUGCCCUAAAACGGCAACUGGGACGGGCUCUGAGCUCCACCUCCGUCUCUUCUCUUUGCCAGCAAAGAAGUCAAGUGGCAGCGCACCGCACCACCACUCCUUCUCUGGAGGACUCCUGAGCUCCCCUCGUGCCUUGCCCUGGGCUGCCCAGCCAGAGAAGAAUGUCCUGAGCUGGAUUUUGCAAGAUGGCAGCAAAUGAGAGCUUCAGUGCCGCCCACCCUGGAGAUCCCCAGCCUGGGGACCUGAUUGAGAUCUUUCGGCCAGCAUACCAGCACUGGGCUCUCUACCUGGGAGAUGGGUACAUCAUCAACGUAACACCUGUGGAGGAGGGACCGCCAGCCACAUUUGGCAGCGCCAAGUCGGUGUUCAGCCGAAAGGCCAUGGUGAGGAUGCAGCUUCUGAAGGAGGUGGUGGGAAACGACACCUACCGCAUCAACAACAAGUACGAUGGCACCUACGCUCCCCUCCCUCUGGAGGAGAUCAUCCGACGUGCCGAAUACCUCAUCAACCAGGAGGUGUCCUACGACUUGCUGGGAAACAAUUGCGAGCACUUCGUCACGCUGCUCCGCUAUGGCGAGGGGGUCUCUGAGCAGGUAGGCAACACAUGCUGCCCAGGGCCCAUCCUUGUGGGGUUGGCAUGGAGACGCUUAGUGUGUCUGUGCACUGUGGCACAGCUCCAGCUGUGUACAGUACAGCCCCUGGGCUGGGGUCCAAAUCAUCACAGGCUCACAAAAUACUCUGAACCAGGAGGCUCCCUGGGGCUGGGGUACUACUUUUGUUCAGCACAAGGAUGAAGGCAUGGGAUCGCUUACUCAUUUCAUUGCCCUGAUUAGCUCUACCUGCUCUUCAUUCAUGUGCUUAUGUUUUGCUCUCCCUCCGCAGGCCAACCGAGCCAUCAGUGCCAUCGGGUUUGUGACAGCGGCUGCAGGUGCCUUCUCUCUGCUGGGCCUGUUGCGGAGCCGGAGCCGAGAGAGGCAGUACUGAGAGGCCACCGGGCAAGAGAUGUCAGGCAGGAGCUGCUGGCGACACAGGGUGGUUCAUGCCCUUACUCCCAGCAGUGCCUCUCUCAGAGGGCAGCCCCAGUCUGUUUGCUACAGCCGCUGCCAUGGCAUCACCAGCAAUGUCUGGCAGCAUUCACGACUGAAUUAUUCUCACGCCUCAGGGAUCUGCUGAGGGUUUUGGCACAUGAACUGUUUUUACAGAAUGCAUCCUGUGGGCUUUCUAUGAAUAAUCUUUCCUAACCUGUGUGAAGGAGCAUUUUUACUUGUUUUUAACCUUUUUUGUUUUUAUCUCCUUACCAGAAGUAAUGCAGCAGCGCUGCUGUAGAGGCCUGUGCGAGACUAGAUAGAUGAUGAUGGAGCUCUUUUCCAACCAUAAUGAUUCUACAGUUCUAUGAUUAUAAAGAAAAACCUCAGGGCAGUCUUUGUGCCUGGAGCUGGGCCCAUUGCAGUGACCAGCAUGACAGACCCUUGUUCCAGCACAAGUCUUCUCCCAGCCAGCAGGACAGCACAGCCCAUGUCCCACACCUGGAGGUUGAGCUGCGUAACAUCUCCAUGCCUACAAAGUCUCACUGUCUCUGAGCACAAAGAUGGCAUGCAACUCAUCCUAGGAGAAAGGUUUUGAGUGGAAGUGUGAUUUAUGAUUCUUCAUGGAGAGUGUUCAGCUUGCAUGUUUGGAACUGUAUUUUUUUGCAGGUUGCAUAUAAGAAAUGAAAUCUAACUGUGCCUUCACCACGUGCAGCAUUCUGGAGAAAUAAGAGAAGGGAGCAAGAGCUGUCAGUAAGCAGCUUGCUAUUUUUGUCUGCUCUCACCAUGUAUAUAACUGGACCAGAAGCUUUUUUUAAACAAUGGUUGUUUCAGUGUUUGAAAUAACAAAGCCAAGCCUUCUGGUCAUAUUUUGUAGUUAAUACAAUGAAAUAAUAUUGUUGGUUGUUUUGUUUGCUUGUUUUUUUAACAUGGAAAAUGUAUUAAAAUAAAACUGGGCUCUUGGUAACAGAACCUGGAAGCCCUGUUCUAAUUUCCUGUAAAA